AUGGCGACGACGACGACGGCGGAUGACGACGCCCGCGACGUCGUCGUCGUCGGUGGUGGCCCGGGGGGGUACGUCGCCGCGAUUAAGGCGGCGCAGCUCGGUUUACGGGCGACGUGCGUCGAGGGACGAGGGACGUUAGGGGGGACGUGUCUGAACGUCGGGUGCAUUCCGAGCAAGGCGUUGCUCAACGCGUCGCACAAGUACGAGGAUGCGAAGCACGGGAUGGCGAAGCACGGGAUCGCGUUCGGGGGAGAGGUCACGAUUGAUGUCGGGACGAUGAUGGCGCAUAAGACGAAGGCGGUGACGGGGCUCACGAAGGGGAUCGAGGGGUUGUUCAAGAAGAAUGGGGUGGAUUACGCCAAGGGGUGGGGACGAUUGACGAGCGCGAAUGAAGUGGAGGUGACUUCGGAGGAUGGGACGAAACGGACGAUUAAGACGAAGAAUGUCAUCUUGGCCACCGGGAGCGUCCCGGCGGAGCUCCCGGGGGUGGACGUGGACGAGGAGACCAUCGUCACGAGCACCGGCGCGCUCGAGUUGAAACGCGUGCCGAAGACGAUGGCGGUCAUCGGCGGCGGCGUCAUCGGACUCGAGCUCGGAAGCGUGUGGUCGCGUCUUGGCGCCAAGGUCACCGUCAUCGAGUUCGCGCCAGCCAUCUGCGGCGCCGGGAUCGACGACGAGAUUCGCACGACGUUUCAGCGCUCGCUGAAAAAGCAAGGCUUUGACUUUAAGCUCAACACCAAGGUCGUGUCCGCGGUGAAGAAGCCCGAGGGUGGGGUCACGCUCACGCUCGAACCCUCCGCGGGGGGCGAACAGACGACGCUCGAGGCGGACAUCGUUCUCGUCUCCACCGGUCGACGUCCGUUCACCGACGGACUCGGUCUCGAGGACGUGGGCGUGGAGACGAACAAAAAGGGCCAAGUCGUCAUCGAGCCCCACUCGUUCAAGACGUCGGUGCCGAACAUUUACGCCAUCGGCGACGUCGUCGAGGGUCCGAUGCUCGCGCACAAGGCUGAGGAAGAGGGCGUCUCCAUCGUCGAGCAAAUCGCGGGCAAGAAGGGCCACGUGAACUACGACACCAUUCCCUCCGUCAUCUACACCCACCCCGAAGUCGCUUGGGUCGGUAAGACGGAGGCGCAGGUGAAGGAGAUGGGCAUCGAAUACGUCGUCGGUAAGUUUCCGCUCGCCGCCAACUCGCGCGCGCGCGCGAACGACGAUUCCGAGGGCGUCGUCAAAUUCGUGUGCGACAAAGCCACGGGUAAGGUGCUCGGCGCGCACAUCGUCGCCGGCGGCGCGGGCGAGCUUCUCGCCGAGUGCGUGCUCGCCAUGGAGUACGGCGCCACCGCGGAGGACAUCGCGCGCACGUGUCACUCGCACCCGACGGUGUCCGAAGCCGUCAAGGAGGCCGCCAUGGCUGCCGUCCCGGGGAUGGGUUCCAUUCACUUUUAA